CACAGUUACUACCUAGACUUUUUCAUGUUAGGUCUAUGGCUGUUUCUAAGUUCAUCGACACUGACACACAUAAAACUAAAUUGCAAGGAUCCAAUCAUUGAGCCCAGUUUCGAAUCCAGUUUUUACUAAAUGUGUAUUUGAAAUCUUGUGUUACAGGUGUGCGCUGUCCCUAAAACUCAUAUACAUCCUACCACCAGCUUUUUUACCUUUUUUAAAAUAAUAGACACAAUUGGAAAACGUUUAGACAUGACUUCUGGGAUUCUUCAAUUAACCAACUGUCCACUUCAGCUAUGUUUAGACAUCUAUUUUUUUUCUGGUAAACAUUGGGUUUAAUCACAAAAAUUGCUUAAAAAUGAACAGGAACGGACCAUAGUGGUAUCUAUUAUCAAUGGAAGAGAUCACGUUUACUUUCAAAGCACGUGUUUGAACUCCAAAGGAACUCUUGAGAAAACAUGUAUUUAUCCUUAUCUUUAUCACUGGCUGCUUAUCAAUUUCAACAGAAUGAAUGAUAGAGGAAUUCCUAUGCUACCUCCAAGAUGGUUGAAAUGUCCGCGCAUGGGAGACAUGAUACUAGAUAUAUUUAUUCCAUUCAAAACACCCUUAGAUAAUAAAUUCGAUCAUUUCAUUGAUCCUGAAGACGUAUUUCACGUAGAUGAUGUGUUUAAAACAGCGGAACCGUACAAACUCGGUCUAAUUAUCGACUUAACAAAAUCUCAAUGUAAAGGAAAUGAAGAACGACCAACACCAGAACAGGUGAAUCUUUUCACUCAAAUUGUUAAUCAGUUUCUUGACAACAAUACUGGAAAUCAGAAGAUAGGGGUUCAUUGUACGCACGGAUUUAAUAGAACGGGAUUUAUGAUUGUUGCUUAUCUUGUUGAAGAGCUGAACUAUGGCGUCGAUAUAGCGGUUCAGAUAUUUUCGGAUGCUAGGCCUCCUGGAAUUUACAAAAAAGAUUAUUUAGAAGAUCUCUUCACACGCUAUGGUUGUAUUGAAGAUUGCCCACAGGCUCCUUCACUUCCUGACUGGUGUACAGAGAAUGAAGAAUACAGUUCUCAUACAUCAGCUAAGAGAAAAAAUGAAGAAAUAUGUGCAGACUUUAAUGAUCAAGAAACAGUUUCCUCAUCAAAAAUAUCACGCCCAAGCAACCAUAUGGAAGAAGCUACGCCUUUUAGUAUCCCCACAACCAGAAACUUUCCUCCACCACCUCCAGGGAAUCCAGAUUUCAUGGAAGGGGUUUCUAAGGUUAGUGUUUUAGCACAAGACAGUCCAGAAGCUCAUGAGGCACGCGAUUUAUCGGACAAACUAUGCAAAAUGGGUGGCUUUUUAUAUGUGGAAGGUCAGUUGUUUCCCGCAACCGAUUCAACAUCUGAAAAUGAGCAAGAACCUGAGAAUUUAGAAGCAAAUCACAGCGGCAAAACGUCCAAACCUUCUAGAAGACCUUUACGCUUCAGGGGUAGCCAGCCAGUCUCCAUAACACAAAGAAAUGUAGCAGCUCUGGUCAACUCUGAUUACUGUGUAACGUACAAGGCUGAUGGCAAUCGUUAUCUUAUGCUCAUAAUGGGUCCUGGUCGUGUCUAUCUUAUUGAUCGCGGAAAUUUCGUUUAUAAGCCAAAUGUUUUACAUUUUCCGACAGUAUCAUGGGUUCGUGAAAAUGAAAAACGCUGUCCAGGUUCCGGUCGUCCAGAUUUCCUAAAUGAUCCUGAUGGUCACUUAGUUAAUACUCUUUUGGACGGUGAACUUGUACUUUGCCACGACCAUUCCAAACCGCCGAACAUAUCCACCUCAGAAGUAUCAGGAACACCUAGAUUCCUAAUAUAUGAUAUAAUUACUUUAAACAAUAAACCCAUUGGUCAAUUUGCAUUUUUUGAACGUUAUUCUACAAUUGACAAACAAGUUAUAUGGCCGAGGAAUACCGGUGGUCACUUGGGAUUAGUUGACUUUAGUGCGCAAUCUUUUUCAGUCAGACGAAAAGCAUUUCGCGCACUGCAAGAUACUGAAGAGCUACUCAAACCUGCAUUCUUGCAAAGCCUGGACCACUCAACGGAUGGUCUCAUAUUUCAACCUUGUGGUCCUGAAGAUUUUUAUGUGCUUGGAACCUGCCCGCAAACGUUAAAAUGGAAACCGCCAAGUAUGAACACAAUCGACUUCAGAUGUAAAAUAGAAUAUCAACGAAAAGUUGGUGAAAUUCCUGGUUAUAUUGGACACCUCUAUCUGGGUGGUCUUACGGUGCCGUCUGCCAAGCUUGCACAUGUUAGUUCACGUGAUAAGGUCCUAGAUGGAAAAAUUGUAGAAUGUGUAUGUGUUCCUGGUGUUGGUUGGAAAGUCCUACGUGUACGCACUGACAAAACAGAGCCCAAUUACCACAAAUCAGGGGUCGCUAUUAUCGAAAGCAUCAUGUAUCCUGUAACAGCUGAACAGCUGGUAAUGUGUGUCCGACAACGUCAGAACAAGAUAAAUUCGCAAAAACAAGCUUCUGCUUCUUCUUCUCGAGAACCUACUGGAACAAAUCACAAAUGA